CGUACCAACCACCCACUGCGCCGGUUAUCCAUCCUUCAUCAAAGCCCCAUGUUACAAGCAGAGCUGUCAUCCACGAUAAAACGACGCCGUAGGCUCGUAGAAUUCAAAACAAUAAUAUUCCAACGUGCCGCACGGCCGCAUACGUCAGCAAACGGAUGAUCCUUGUACGACGGUAAAGGUCAACAAAUCGGACGGCUUCUGCGAGAUCGCUUCAAAGUCUUGACCCCUCCAAACAGAAAACUGCCAAAAAAUUUAAAACGGUCGUUAUCUCAUCAGCCUCCUUAAUAUUCACACAAUUUUCUUUUUCCAGAGUUCACAGCAACCCUUCUUCUACUAUAUCCUACAUUAUUGUUAACGUUGGUGUUCCGAGAAAUCUUAACCGUCCGCCGCCAGAAGAAGAAAUUUUCCGUACUCAAAUUUUCCUGGGAAGUGCUCGCGUUUUCCUGGAAAAAUAUUUGAAGUCUUCUUUUAUUAAGGUUAUGGCGUGGAGGAAUCUGGGAUCGCUUUUUAAUUUCCGGGGUAUCUUUCAGGGAAGAACUUCGGAGACGGAACUGGGAAGGUACACGAUUAAAUCCCAUGGAGCUGCACUUGCAAAGAAGCACAUGCACGAUUGGCUUAUACUGGUGCUCCUUGGAGUGAUAGAUCUCAUUUUGUUCAUCAUUCAUCCGUUCCACCGUUUCGUGGGGAAGGAUAUGAUGGAAGACCUUAGAUAUCCCAUGAAAGAGAGCACGGUGCCUCUGUGGGCUGUCCCUAUGUACUCGGUUUUGUUGCCUAUUGCGAUUUUCCUCUUUUUCUAUAUGCGUCGGAAAGAUGUCUAUGAUCUGCACCACAGCAUUCUAGGCCUCUUGUUCGCCGUGCUGAUUACUGGUGUUAUCACGGAUGCGAUUAAAAAUGCGGUUGGCCGGCCUCGACCAGACUUCUUUUGGCGUUGCUUUCCUGAUGGAAAAGAUGUUUAUGAUACUUUUGGGGGUGUAAUGUGCCAUGGUAAGAGCGGUGACAUAAAGGAAGGACAUAAGAGUUUUCCAAGCGGUCACGCUUCAUGGUCCUUUGCAGGUUUGGGAUUUCUCUCGUUGUACUUGUGCGGGAAGAUUAAAGCAUUUGAUCGCCAAGGGCACGUGGCGAAACUAUGUAUUGUCUUGCUUCCUCUACUUGCUGCAUCUCUCGUUGGCAUUUCAAGAGUAGAUGACUAUUGGCACCAUUGGCAAGAUGUGUUUGCUGGAGGCCUCUUAGGACUUGUUGUGGCUUCAUUUUGUUACCGGCAAUUCUUCCCUUCCCCUUAUACCGAUCAAGGAUGGGGUCCUUAUGCGUAUUUCUCUGCAUUGGAGGAAACACGUAGCCAUUCAAAUCCGGGUGUCAAUCCUAUGAACAAUGCACUGAGUGUGCAGGUGAUCGGGGCUCAGAAUGUGAACGAACAACACAUACAAAUUGGCGAUGCACUUGCAGCAAUGUCUCACAACCGAUACACAAGCAUUAGUUUGCAUGAAAUGGAAUCGGGCGAAAAGUAGUGUUGUACAUGGCGGGCUUUGUUUAGAUCAAGGUGUGACUAAAGGCUAAAGUAAAGAUUUAGAUACCGUCACGUAAGUAAAAAUACGGAACAUAGAGAAUAAUACGGUAUCUGGGAAGUAAUCCGUAGACUCUACGAUACCGAGUACCUGACUAUUUGAGGUAGAUUUUAGGUAUGCCUCAAGAUGAAUGUGUGUAUUUUUGGUUUUCUGUAGACUCUAUCAUCAUACUUCACCAAAUAAUCCUCAGACUUUUUAGCCAAAA